GGGGGGGGGCGGCGGAAGAGUGAUAAAGAGCAACAAGAAUUAUCGUUAACGCACAUUUAUACACAAAUGAUAAGAAAAAGAGUGCUCGGUUUGGAGAAUCGGAGCCCGAGGAUUACGUAAAUAUGCGGGACCGAAAAGCUCCGAUGCGUUAAUUCCAUCGAUGAACGAUCCGGGACCAACGACCGUCAGCUCUACGGCGAUGUGAUUUAUCGAUCGACGCUUCAGAGGGAUAAAAGUAACGCAAAAGGAUUUAACGUUGAGGAAAAAGUUGACGAGUUGCCGAAAUUUUGGACGCGUGCUUUACAAAAAUCAAUAAAAUCACUCAUCUCGGGGGUUGGUUCACGGUGGAGGGUGGAGGAAACAACGUUGUCGGGCCCGUAAGGGGCCACCACGUCGGCGAUGCCGGCGACACCGGCGAACAGGUGAUGAUGGGCUACGGGGGUGCAGGUGCGGCUGGUAACGGAGGCGACGGUACCGGAAUGGCACCGUCCACCGUUGGUAGUGGCGGUGGAGGACCGGCGAGCAAUUCGAUUGACGUACUCGGUGGCUCUACCGGUGAUUACAGCCCCCAGGGUACGCCGAAUUCGUUGGUUGGACACGCGACUGGAUCCGUCGACGCGACGGGGCCGUACGGCCCCCAACCUGGCUCCGCUCUCACCACUUACAGUCCCCAGGAUAGUCCUGCUAGUUCGGCAGGCGGAAACCCCGCCGCGGUUGCUGCUAAUGGACAUUUGCCCACUUUCGGCUUCACCCAGGAACAAGUCGCGUGCGUCUGCGAGGCGAUGGUGUCGUCUGUUCAGGUACUCCAACAGGCGGGUUCGGUCGAGAGGCUCAGUAGGUUCCUGUGGUCGUUACCGGCGUGCGCGAAGCUCCACAGGCACGAGAGUGUCCUCAAGGCUAAGGCUAUCGUCGCUUUUCAUCGUUGCAAUUUCAAGGAGCUCUACAAAAUCCUCGAGAGUCAUACCUUCAGUCCGCACAAUCAUACGAAGCUUCAGGCGUUGUGGCUCAAAGCGCAUUACAUCGAGGCCGAAAGACUGCGAGGAAGAUCACUCGGUGCCGUCGGCAAAUAUCGAGUUAGACGGAAGUUCCCAUUGCCCAGAACCAUUUGGGACGGCGAGGAAACUUCAUACUGCUUCAAGGAAAAAUCCAGGAGCGUUUUGAGGGAAUGGUACAUCGCGAAUCCUUAUCCGUCGCCUCGCGAGAAGAGAGAACUCGCCGAAAAUACCGGCCUGACUACCACUCAGGUCAGCAAUUGGUUCAAAAACCGGAGACAGAGGGAUCGAGCUGCCGAACACAGUGGCCAAAGAGAGGACAAAGGUCACGAUACAGGCUUGGGAGAUUCGAGCAGCGAAAGUGGCGAAGACACGAAGAGAAAUUCCUCCAGACAACAACAAUCCUCGUGUGCCGUUCAACAACAGCAGCAGCAGCAGCAGCAACAACAACAACAGCAACAACAGCACGUGCAGCAACAGCAGCGAAUAAUCGAUACGCACCAGCAAGCAACGAGCAUGUAUCAGCUGCCAGCGCCAAUCGCAGCUUCGAGCCCUGUUUCCUAUCAUCACAGUCAUACGAGCUCGAACCUCGGUCAUUCGCACACUCCGGCUCACCACAUGCAGCAUCAGCAACAUCAUCACGACACGAGCAGCGAGAGCGGCGAUGACAAAAGAAACCUCCAUCAUCAGAUACAACAUCACCUUCAGGUCGGACAUCCUUCCCAUGGACUGGUACAUCCAACUGCGACGCUUCCACCCCCUCCGCCACCGAGCUGCGCUCAGCAGAAGAGUCAACUCGAUUACAUGCAGUACUACAGCCCUCAGGAUUACCUCAUAGGGACGCCAACGUCGGCCGAUUUACAGAAGUCAUUGCCCCACACAGCAACUUCGAUGCAGAUGGGAGCGAUCGCGCCAUCGAUGGGAGGUUUGAGUCCGAUAGGGCCGACGACGAUGCUGCCGAAUUCGAUGCAGAGCGUCAACACGAUGAACACGAUGUCGAUGAACGUUGGUAUGGGAAUGGGACCGUAUCAGGGGAUGGGGACAAUGGGGAUGACGAGCUCGCACGCGGGAUACCACAGCGGCCUCGUUCUCGGUGAUUACCAUUCGUUGUGACCCUGGGCCCCGGGUAACCACCAGACGAAACGUAACCAGGAGAAGACUUAGUUGCAGCUAAAACCGUCGAUCCGGUCGAGCUCGAUGCCUUGACAGAGGGCGCUCUUGGUUCGGGUAUUUACGGCUACAACGAGCGAGCAAAUACCAAAUACUUGUAAUCGAAUGAAACGAUUAAACAAAACAGGGCAAAAUCUUGAGAACUCGGGCCGAAAUAAGGCUCAAAUGUGGGCUCCGUCUCAACGGGGCUUCCACGUUCCGAUAUCCGAUAACUUGAAACAUAAUCUCAUACCGUAGGUCGGGAAAGUCGCGAGGAAGUUGCAACGCGUACUUAUCUCGUGCCCUUUGGACAAACGCGACUGCAAUCGCGACCCGCUCCCGGCCUUCAAUAUCAAAAGACAUCUCAGCAUUUCCGAACUUGGUUCGAACAACCAAGAACUACGAUUACGCCAUUUUGUUCAAUGCACACAGCGUUUGUACAUCUUUUUUCCCUUUUUUCUUUUCCCUUUCUCAUUAACCCCCCCAUUCGCGGGUCAGCACACAUACACACUUACUCACUCACUUGUGACGUUUUGUAGACGUAACCCGCGCGGGUCACGCUCACCCGAGAGGUCGCCGCAGGGCUUACGGCACACUGAAAUUUAAGGGAAGAGGCUCGAGCGAAUCUCUCGGAUGUUUCACGUCUCAGACAUCCGGGCGACGAGCCUGCUCGUCCUCGUGUCUUGUAAAUAUGUAGAUAUAGACUACGCUAAUGAAAUAUUAUCAGGUGUGCAUACUUAUUGCCCAAUCACAGACACAAAGUCAUUUACACAAAUGGCUCGAACGAUCACGAGUAUUGUAUAAUAAAGAGGAUAACGUAGCAUGCAUUAUGACACGCAGAAUUAUUAUUGCCCUCUCUCUUUCUCUUUCAAUGUUGACAAAUCCUUGUCGCGGAUCCCCCGGACUUUUGGCACGCAGGGGGUUAUCAAAGUUGCGUUAUACGACAGGCACGUGCCUCCGGAGGACCGUAAGUUGAGGUGAUUCGUUGGUGAUCGAAUGGAUCCUGACGGGUCAGAGAAUUCCUGGGGAAGGUUCCCGAAAAGUACUGAUUGGGACUCUGGGCCAAGUAGCGAAAUUGGCGGUGAAUCGAGUCCCGAAUCUUUCGCUUAUUGCUCGGUAUUCGGGGACACGGAAUGUCAUCGCUGUCAAUUGCAUUGACAGACUUUAUAAAAGAUUGACAUUUUUCUUGUCGGCUAGAAAAUUCGAUGUAUUCUCGAUUCCAGUCGAUAAAAGGCCAAAGUCAAUGGAAAAACAAUAUUUCUUUAGGCACUGAGCUUUGCUGACAGAGACAAGAGAGAGAGAGAGAAAGGUUAGAAUCUCAAAGAGAAAAUAAGUACAGUAGCCGAGAGCUUAUGGCGGUAAGUUCGAGGCUCUACGGCAGAAGUUACGAUACUUUUACUCGUGCCUGGGAGCCCCAGGAUUGGUGAUCCCAUUUUAACAAAACCGAGUUCAACUUUUGAGGGUUCAUUCACCGAGAAAACUACCGUAAUUCAUUCGGUAAAGAGCUCAAUUAAGUUGGGCUGAGGCUCGAAUAAUUCAGCUGAAACUUACGAAUUCGAAUGAGAGUCCACCUGCCGUACUUCGGCAACGAUUAAUUCAACAGACUCGAUAGGGUUAUCAUAAACUCAGCAUCCCGACGUUCAGAAGUAUCGAAAAACCUCGGCACGUGCCGUGAGCUCUUGGAUGUUAUUUCGAUUCCGAUGCUUCGGAGCCCGAUGAUGUACAUAGGCGAUAUAACGCGGCCGAAAAAUCGGAUCGGGGGGACCGAAGCGCGAAAGAAACAGGAAAAGUGAGAGAGAGAGAGAGAGAAAUAAACGAGAUGAAAAAAUUCAAUGUCUAAAGCGUACAAACGUAUGAAACCAUCCAAAUUUAUCCAUCGAAUGGGCUGCGCUUUUGGUCCCCGCCAUUUCCCCAUCAUACUUUACUGCGUAAAUAUACACAUCUAUAAAUACAUACACAUAUAAUAUAUUGUAAGUUUAAUCGUUUCGCGGAUCGAGAUAUAAUAUAAAUAUAUAAUACGCUGGGUAAUAAGGAAGAAAAGUGUAUAAGUAAACAGUCCUCGGGACUACACAGGGUAGAAAAAGUUUCAAGGAUCGAGCCAAAUUUGCUCCUGCCUGUAUAUCGAUAUACAUACACAUAUAUAUACAAAUAUACGUAUGUAUUUAUGUGUAUAUAAAUGUAUAUAUAGAGGCGCGCACCCCGUAAGAGCCGCGCUCGUAAAAGAUUCCGUUUCGAUUCACGCACAAUGUACUUUUUGUUGUUGUUGAUAUUGUUUUCUCGAUUUUCUUUCUCAUAAAUUUCAUUUUCAUUUACCUUUUUUUUCCUUCGUGUACGAUGAGAUAUCGCAAUCGAAUCGGCGACUCUAUUACAUUGCACGUAACAUUCCGAAGACGAAGAGGACGGAGAUAGAGCGACGAUUGCCGUGAUUUAAAAAAAGGAGUACGAGAGAGCCGGGAAUCUCGCGCGAUAUAGAAUUACUGUAAUAUAAAUAUUUUAAUGAAUCGAGAUGGAGCGGCACAGCACGACGCAUAACGAUGAUUCAACGGUAUUCGAUCACUAUUAUUAUUUAAUAAUUUCAGCACAAAAGAUAAUUGAAAUGAAAAAUAAAUUAAAAUUAUAAUAUUAAAAUAAAAAUAAAAACGAGAAAUAUUUAAGAAAAAUACGAGUAAAGACGAGAGAGAGAGAGAGAGAGAGAGAGAGAAUGAGACGAAUACUCGCGAGUGCGUUGGCAGAAGGACGCGGCUCUCGUCGGGCCGGACGAAACUAACGAAUUGAAAAAUGUAUCAUUGUCGUCGCCUUCCGCCUAGUGUGCGGCUACGAAACUAUAAAGGGGUACGAUUAAUAUGAAAAAAUAUUCGAAAAUCGGCGAGUUUUAGCCCACAUCGUAGAGUGAUUGAAACAACUUUCGCAAUUCCAAUAAGUUUCUUACGUUCAAUACUCGAAAUACUGUACGUCUUGCGAGAGAAUCGAGCGGCACAAUGAGAAAAACGGGGCGAGAACGAAGAUAUUACGAUGUAAUGAGAGUUUACCUAUAUCGAAAUAAAAACGAAAUAUAAUAACGAA